GAGACCGUGUUUUAGCAAUCUCCCCUGAAUCGUCUGCGAACUCUCCCUCCCACCAAGGACGCGAGUCUGAAGAUGUCGACGGCAAGGACUCGGCCGAUGCAGCACAUCGACCGGAAGUCGCUGUACACGGACCUCGAGGCCCGCAUCCGCUACCUGCAUUCAUUCCUCGACUUUGGCUCCAGCGACAUCGAAGCCCUCCGGUCCGGCGCAAAAUACAUACACGCGCUCAUCCCCGCCGUCGUCAACAUCGUCUACCGGAAGCUGCUGCAGUACGACAUCACCGCGCGCGCGUUCCAAACAAGGAGCACCGCGUUCGAAGGCCCCAUGGACGAGGAGCCGGACGAGACAAGUCCGCAGAUCCUGCACCGCAAGUCCUUCCUCCGCGCCUACCUCAAGAAGCUGUGCUCGGACCCCACUCAGAUGGAAUUCUGGGAGUACCUCGACAAAGUAGGCAUGAUGCACACCGGCGUCGGCCGCGCCAACCCGCUGCGCAUCGAGUACGUGCACAUCGGCCCCACGCUGGCGAUCAUCCAGGACGUGCUGGGCGAGGCGAUCCUGUCGCACCCGCGGCUGCCGCUGGCGCGCAAGGCCGCCAUCCUCAAGGCCGUCGGCAAGGUGCUCUGGAUCCAGAACGACCUGUUCGCCAAGUGGUACGUGCGCGACGGCGAGGAGUUCUUCGCCGACGACGACGCGGGCGGGCCGGCGGCCGGCGUGCGCAGCGUCGAGAAGGAGGGCUGGCUGCAUGGCAAGAGGGUGCUCGUGAAUGAGGAUGAGGAGGGGGGAGAAGGAGGGGAGGAGGGGAAGGGUGAGGAUGAGGGGAGUGAUAGGCAAGAAGCGAAGGUGGAGGGGGGCUGUCCUUUCUCGGGAGGCGACCAUGCCCUGCCCUAG